AUGGAUCAAGCUUGGGAGAUUCUUGGCUUUCAUCAGUCUCCUGCGCGCCCUAAAGGCUCUACUGCCAACCGCCAGCCAAACCUACCACGAGAUAGCGAGGCUGCGCAUGCUCGGAUUUACCGUGACUACUUUGGCCCCAAUCCAAUCUACGGCGAAGCCAAGUUUCGCCGUCGUUUUCGAAUGGCCAGACCGCUGUUUGAACGAAUCAUGGACGGUGUGGCGAUGCGUGAUGAGUACUUUCUGCAACGUGACGAUGCGACGGGGAAGCACGGACUAUCACCCUUGCAGAAAUGUGUCGCCGCUCUCCGGAUGUUGUGCUACGGUUUGGCUGCUGAUGCGGUCGACGAAUAUGUCAAGAUUGGAGAAAGUACAGCAUUGAUGUCGUUCAAGCUAUCGUCGACCAAUUUGGGCCAACGUACGAACGCGAGCCUACUGCAAUGGACGUGCAACGUUGCUAUAACGUUGAAUGCCGAACGCGGUUUCCCAGGAAUGUUUGGCUCGUUGGACUGCACGCAUUUGCAGUGGGCAAAGUGCCCUGUAGCCUUCCAAGGUCAAUACCAAGAUCGGCGUGGUGACAAGUCCAUCAUUAUGGAGGCGGUGGCGGGUCCCGAUCUGUGGGUGUGGCAUUCGUAUAUUGGCUUGCCGGGGUCGAAUAACGACAUCAACGUGUUGGAUCGGUCGCCACUCAUCGAGAAAAUCAUUGGGGGAGUGGCGCCACACUGUAGCUACGUCGUGAACGGUCAUGCCUACACCAUGUCGUAUCUCCUCGUUGACGGCAUUUACCCAAAUUGGCCUACUUUCAUGAAGACAAUUGCUCAACCACAAGGAGAAAAGCGGUAA